UAAUGUGCACAAAACAAUAUGACAUUAAAAAGGACGAGUCUUUCUUAGUGAUUCUAGACACUAAGCGAGUGCAAGCCACUAUGCUGUGCAUAGUGGCUUGCAAAAAUACCAAUUCCUCUUUGGGUUUUCUGUGGUAGAGCAAGACAAAGCAACACAUAAUGGAAGAAAAAGCAGUAAGAAGGCUUAAUUUGUAUUUAGCCCCCUUCAUUAUAAAACCUCACAAUCCAGUGCAACCAGGAGUCAACUAAGUUAUAGAUUCCACCUGUGUGUAAUUUAAUCUCUGCAUAAAGCUUUUCACAUUAGUGGACAAACAGCAACAUGAAGACCAAGAAACACAGCAGGCAGGUGGUAAUAUAUUUAGAUGUUCUUAUUGAGGAGGAUCCAAAUAAUGAUCCAGUUGAUACUUGCAUUAAUAUUAAUUUCCUUCAGUAUUUAUCUGGAGGAUAAACCCCUUCAGUUGGUUCUCUGAGCUUUCUUGCUAUCUUGCUGCAAUGUGUUAGUUCUUUCUGCUUUUGGUGUCUAUUAUUCUGCUAAAUAAUGAAAAGAGCAAACAUGACCCUGCUUUUUUGUUUGAGCAGGUGUGGAAAAGCUAAACGUAGCUAGCAAGAGACUGCAAAUACUGGCGACUACUUAACGGAAACGCAAAAACUGAGAGCCAGAGCGACAGGUUUAGAUUAAGGGCUUUGCUAAGUACAAAGGCAUGCCACACCUUUCAGAUUUCAUUUUUUUUCUUUACUUUUUAAAAAAAAUAAAUUUUGAAGACUGUCUAUCAUUUCACUUCCACUUCAAAACUGCACUAUUCUGUGUUGACCACAAAACCCCACAAUUUUUAUUCCUGUGACAAAAUGUAGAAAACUUUAGCAAGAUUAUGACUUUCUGAGGUAAAUAAAAGCAUAAUCACCACUAUUUAUCUGGUGUGUGUCAAACGUUCAAGAGGAAGGGACGAUGAAGGUUUUUUAAAAGAAAAUCAAAAGCUUCUCCACAAAGUAUUAGGGGUUGUGUUUCAAAAUCGUCAGCAUACAGAUGACCAAGUCAAGAGGUUUGGCCAGAGGGAGGCGCACUGCCUAUAUUUGAAUAGGCUACAACAAUUAAGCAAGCUGGUCUAACUAUUUCUGAUUAAACACUAGGGAGAGAGGAGAGAGAAACCCAUAGCCAAACGCCGACAGGUUUAAAAAAAAAAAUCCUGUAGUGCGUUUCUAACUUUACAACCGAGGAGAUAACUUGUAUAUAGACUGAAAUAGCCUGUUUGUUGCGUUUAUAGCCGCUGUGUGACAUAAUAAUUUUCAAAGUCUGCAUAGUCUUUCUGCAAGGUUCCCCGUUGGACUAGCGGCCGCUUCAUCAUCACGGCGUGCGUCUCCCUCUCGGCGCUCUAAACUCAUUAUCGGCUGAAGCGCACACAAGCAGCAACCCGGCUGUGACACCCGUCCGAUCCAGCUACAGACUGUGCUCAGGCUGGGUGGCUGCUGCACUGGCACCAUGGAGCAAAAAUCACCCAAACCCGGAGGCUCCGGCCGGGGCCAGGAGUCCAUGUCCUACCAGCGGAGGAUGUGGAAGAAUUUCCAGGAGAAAACCAAGCCGUGGCUCAGUCCCAAGCUGGGCUCGGAGCGCCGCGGAGCCGGAGGUGGCGCGGAGGGCACCAAGAAGGAGUCCGGCUUGUGGAUGUUCAAGAGGAAAAAGAAACAGCUGGACCGGGUGUUUUCGUCAUCGCAGCCGAACUUAUGCUGCUCCACUUCGGCGCCUUUUGAAGGAGACAAGCUCGCCGCUGGCGGAGGCGACGCGACCUCAGAGAUGAGCUCCGACUGUCAGGCUCUGGGGACAGGCAGCAAACCGGAGCUGACGGCCCACGGGAGCCCCAAACUCCCCGUGUCCCAGCUGAUGAUGUACCAGCAGAAGAGCUCCUCUCUCGGUUCGGCGUGCUUCGAGAAGCUGGUGGUGGAUCCCACCGCGGAGCCCGGAGGAGAGGAAGAGCAGCUGCGUAAAAACGCAAGUGAUUCUGGCAUCAACAUUGUUGGACCUAGUAAUGCAGAGUCUCAGCCUCUUCUGCCUUGUCCAGCCAUGUACCAAUUGGAUAUUGUUUUGAAGAAAGGGAAAAAUCUCGCCAUUCGUGACCGAACAGGGACCAGUGACCCAUAUGUGAAGUUUAAAAUCGGAGGGAAGGAAGUGUUCAGAAGCAAGACGAUCCACAAAAAUUUAAACCCAGUGUGGGAUGAGAGAGUUAUCCUUUUGGUGGAAAGUCUCAGGGAGCCUCUGUAUGUCAAGGUGUUUGACUAUGACUUUGGACUUCAGGAUGAUUUCAUGGGCUCAGCAUAUCUACACCUGGAGUCACUGGAACAUCAAAGGACGCUGGAUGUGACUCUGGACCUGAAGGACCCACAGUACCCUGAGCAUGACCUGGGUAGCCUGGAACUCACCGUCACUCUGUCACCAAAGGAAGGAGACAUAAGGGAUGCUACCAUGCUUUUGAGAAGAAACUGGAAACGGUCUAGUAAGUAUCAGAGUAUGAGGCUCUCGGAUGUGUACAGGAAACCCCAGCUCUGGCGAGGUAUCGUCAGCGUCAGUCUAAUCGAAGGUCGCAACCUGCAGCCCAUGGACACCAACGGCUUCAGUGACCCUUAUGUCAAGUUCCGGAUGGGUCAUCAAAAAUACAAGAGCAAGACAAUUCCCAAAACACUAAACCCGCAAUGGAGAGAGCAGUUUGAUUUCCACCUGUAUGAAGAGCAGGGAGGCCACGUGGACAUCACAGUCUGGGACAAAGAUGCUGGCAAGAAGGAUGACUUCAUGGGCAGGUGUACUAUCGACCUGUCACUUCUCAGUAAAGAACAAACUCACAAGCUGGACUUGCAGCUGGAGGAAGGAGAAGGUGUCCUGGUGCUGCUGGUCACACUCACUGCAUCGGCCGCGGUUUCAAUCUCAGAUCUGUCCGUCAACAUGUUGGAUGAUCCACAUGAAAGGCGCCAGAUUAUGCAAAGAUAUAGCCUCUGGAGGUCGCUUCGCAACUUGAAAGAUGUCGGCGUGGUGCAAGUGAAGGUCAUCAAAGCUGAGGGACUCAUGGCGGCAGAUGUCACAGGUAAAAGCGAUCCUUUUUGUGUGGUGGAGCUGAGCAAUGAUCGACUACAGACACACACCGUCUACAAAAAUCUAAACCCAGAGUGGAACAAGGUCUUCACUUUCAACGUCAAGGACAUCCACUCAGUGCUUGAGGUUACCGUUUACGACGAGGACCAGGACAGAAGUGCAGACUUCCUUGGGAAAGUAGCUAUCCCUUUGCUAAAUAUCCAAAAUGGAGAACGCAAAGCCUACGUCUUGAAAAGCAAGGAGCUGACAGGGCCAACAAAAGGGGUCAUCUUUCUCGAAAUAGACGUGAUUUUUAAUGCUGUGAAGGCUGGUCUCAGGACGUUGACUCCCGUCGAACAAAAGUACAUCGAGGAGGAGCCUAAAGUGUCCAAACAGAUGCUUUUGCGCAACUUCAACCGAGUCAGACGCUGCAUCAUGUUCCUGAUCAACACAGGCUGCUACAUCAACAGCUGCUUCGAAUGGGAUUCUCCGCAGAGAAGCAUCUGUGCUUUUGUGAUUUUCACCAUUGUUGUCUGGAACUUUGAUCUUUAUAUGAUUCCUCUGGCUUUGCUUCUGCCGUUGGCCUGGAACUACAUUCUCAUCGCGUCGGGGAAGGAUACGAGGCAAGAUGUCCAAGCUGUGGAGGACCUGCUGGAAGAUGAGGAUGAGGAUUUUGACAAAGAUGACAAGGACCCUAAACAAGGCCCCUGGGAGGACAGCCAUGAUAAAAACCAUAUCCUCGAGGAUAUAUUGGCUUCCUGGCACUUUGAGUGGAUACGAGUGAUGGUGGACUCGGAGAGAAAGGGCUUCAUGAACAAGCUUUAUGCCAUCCAGGACGUGUGCAUCAGCGUGCAGAAUGCACUGGAUGAAGUGGCCUCCUACGGCGAGAGGAUAAAGAACACAUUUAACUGGACUGUGCCUUUCUUAAGCUGGUUAGUGAUCGUAGCUCUCGUUUUGGCCACAAUCAUAAUCUACUUCAUUCCACUGCGGUUCAUCGUGCUGGCCUGGGGGGUUAACAAGUUCACAAAGAAACUGCGGGAUCCUUACACCAUUGACAACAACGAGCUGCUGGACUUUCUUUCCAGAGUGCCCUCAGAUGUGCAAGUGGUGCAGUACCAACAGCUGAAACUGGAUCCCAAUCCCAGUCCAAAUAAAAGGAAGAAAAACAACCCCGGGUAGAUCACUGCGUCCGCCCACGGACUCCUCUCUCCUUCAUUUCUUCUCCUGCUGGUUGGAUGCUGGACGCUGAGAAGCAAAGCCUGGGCUGAACCGUCCUUCUUCUAUUUAUAUCCUGGUUUAUUUUGUUAAACUUCAUUUCUCCCUUCAGUAGGCUUUACACUUUCUCUAAAUAUAAUUUUAUAUGAGCAAAGACUUCAAGAGACCUAUAACACAUUAUUAUUAUUAUUAUUAUUAUUAUUAUUAUUAUUAUUAUUAUUAUUAUUAUUAUUAUUAUUAUUAUUAUUAUUAUUAUUAUUGUAUUGUACACAUUAUGUAUUGAGUGAUUUUUAUAUCAGCCAUGUGAGCCGCUGUGUCCUUGCCUCUGGGAGUGUGUGUUCUUGCCACAGUAGUCAAACAGCUACAGUUAAAUUAUUUGUAGAUAAUUGAUACUGUUUAGAUGAAGAUAAAUAUGAAUCCAGGCCUUAAACGAUCAUUCUCGACAUUUCUUUAGCUUGUACUAUAUAGCUUUGAAACACUUUUGGUAAAAUGUUUCUAUUUUCUAAUUGUUUUUGAUACUAUUACAUUCUUAUUUUUUUUUCUCCUCUUGAAUGUUUUGCUGAUUUUAUGUUUUGCUGGCAGUAAUUUGGGUUGUUGCUGUCUAAAGUAGCAAGCUGAUUUCGUCUGUAGGCUCCAGACAUGUUUUUUUUUUGUUUUGUUUUUUUUUACAAACAAGUGCGUCUCGGUAGAUUAAAAUAUUAUUAAAAUGUUGGCUGGAUCGAGAGCCCUGAGAGCCACCGUGCACAGAUGCAUCCAGGAUAUGGUCACCCUGUGUGUUAAGCCACUCCAGAACCAGAGACAAUGUCAGAAGCGUCUUACCUUGAUGAAGAAAUCAAACGACUGGACUGUUGCUGAGUGUGGGCUGCAGAUUUCUUCUUAGAUGGGGGCACAUUAAAUGGGUUUUAAGUCAGUAGUCAGUAGGACUCGGUAGCAGCCUACACUGCCAAAAGUACCAAUACCUGCUUUAAUAACCACGGUAUCACUGUGCUCGAUCUGUCAGCAAAUUUGCCGGACCCUUUCGACAAUCUAUGAAGAGACUCCAGAUCCAACAGUUUAAGCUGAAGGGUAUUACAGUAUCAACUUUUUUGUAAUUAGUCUUCUAUAACUUUUUAAACCGAACCAAGAAAUAUUUUACUGUAGGUAAUGAACUUGGAACUAUUUGCCAUUAGGAGCCUAAAAUACUGCAAUAAAAUAACAUAAGUUUUAACAACAUAAUAUUCCAAUUUAUCGAGAUGCAACUGUGAAAACAAAUCUGGACCAACAGGCCGUGAGUUCCUUCUUUAGUCACUAAACCAAUGAGUAGGAACAAAGUUGAGUAUAAGAUCAUUUGGCGCAUUGGAUCUCUAGAAAGCGUGCAAUUUAACCCUGUCAGCGUCAUCAGUCAGUACAACACCAUCUCAGUGAGGAGGCGCUUGCAGACUGGGCCUGCUGUCGCUGUGCUUAUAUAGAUGUCACCCGGUCUAUGCAGAGUGUCAUCGAGCAGGCAGGCAGGCCUUUAGGCAGGCACAGCCCUAAUCUUGUUUGAAAGGCCGGUCUCUUUCCCUCUCAUCUCCCUGUGUGUUUGCCUUGGCGGCCACACAUGAAAGCGUUUACACGCGAGGCGCACUUCUACAGCACGGGCACGCAUGCAGACACAAAGAGCCUCAGCCUCUCGUUCUCCCUCUCAGGAGGGAAGAGAGAAAGAACGCAUCUCUGGUAGGAAGUCUUGCACACAGAACUACUUGCUCGCAGAUUAAAAAAAACAGUGUCAUAUUUGCAGAGGAACAGUUUCUCCCUAUCAACCAAGCAUACACACGCACACACACACACACACCCCCACACGCGGCACGCAAACACACAAGCAGACAUGCAAACAUGCUCUCUAUGAUGCUGCGCCCCGGGCUGGCCGCCCUCUCCAUCUGCCCCACCUCCUGUGCCCACAGCUCAACUUUGAUCAGCCCUUCCAGAGACACGGGCGCGUAUGUGCGCACUGUGUCUUUACAGAGGAGUGUUUGCAUAUACACGUUUAUGCAAUCAAAGAUUCUCUCAGCGUCAGUGUGUGGUACAAUUGCAUCUCCCCUCCAGCUCUAGACUGACACUCAGAUUCGGUGUGUGUGGGAGUGUGCGUGUGUGCUGCAGCGGAGGCACCAGCUGUUUUUCGGCGUUGACUUUGUGGAGAUGCUUGAUGAGCAGCAAGUCAUUGUGUGACAAGACAAGGCUCUGAGGGGACUUAGGCCUGAGAUGUCAGAGAUGGAGGAAUAUUUGCGUGUGUCGGCGUGUGUGUGCAAGUAUUUUAUCCUAUUUCAAAACACACUUCCCGUCAUGCUUUCCCCGUUUGCUCUCUCUGCGGUUUCCUCAUUCGUCAGUAAGCAGGGUUGCGACCCUGUCUGAAGGGAUGGUCUCUUGGGCUUCUUGUAGAGCUUCUCUUGAAAGAUCACAGCACAGGCUAUGUUUGAGGAGGUCCUGUCUUAUCCUAUUGAUCCCUGCCUCCAUUUCCCACUGCCUCCACUUCUUUGUCUGACUGUCUUUAAGUCUGUAAAACCCCGGCUCACUGCAUCUAGUGUCGUCUUCUCCCCUCAUCUGUCUGUCUCUGUGCCGCCGCCUUCCACCCUUUGAAGCUGCGCUCUACUUCAUGAGUUUGUUUCCAUUCUCCGAUAAAUGAUUUUACCGUCUGAUCCAUUUGGGAAACGGUAAUAAACUUUUCUUCGAGCAUUGCCACAAACUUGUUACCCGAGGGAAUGGCGUUUUUUGUUUUGGCCGAUGAAGUGCUUGAAUACUUGACACUUGUUUUUACUGCAACAGCGCCUGCACCUUUUGUCGACACCCCUAGUACUGAGUAUAAAAAGCCUUAAUUUUUUUUUGUGCAACAGGAUAUUCUCACAUAGGAAAAAAAAAAAUCUUUAGUGGGGAAAAUGCUAUAUUAAGAAAUCAGCACCUACUCUAACAGUUCCUAGAAAACAGAUGUACCUAAACCAUUUUUAAAACAUAUAUUUAUAUGUUUUCAAUUGAUCAGAGAUUCUAAGAAACCCUACUUUAGUAAUUGAUCACUUGCUGUUUUCUGGGGCAUAACUAUGACAUGUCAUAUUUUGUCAAUGCUACAAAAACAGAAAAAUCAAGACAACAUGCCUUGUAUGUAAGACAGAUAUAAGUUGAUCUCCACAAGGUCGAAGUUUAAAGUGUUGACCAAUUGAAUGGUUUUGUUUAUUUUCCAAUUUUCCAUGCUUGUCUGUUGCAGAAAUCAGGAGUUACCUGAGAAAUCAACAGUAAGAAAUUCAAUACGGAGCUUCUUUAAAAAAAAACCCCCCAAAAAAAAACCCACACACACCAACAAAAAUAACAAAAAACAUGGUGAUAAAUGAAUCACUGUAUGUCUCCAGGCCCAUUUUCAGACUUGAGUAAAUUUUUAGGAUAAAUUCUAACCAAAUAUACCUGAAUUUUGUCUAAUACCUUUUAUCACUUUAUGCACAGGAGACUCUGACUCUGGACACAUUCUCAGAAGUUUUAAUUACUUUUACUUGGAGAAUGUAUAAUAAAAACAUGAUCACCCAUUUAAAUGUUGUUUAGUGCUUUAGUGGGGAAAAUGCCUUUUAUGUACCCAGCUGCAUAACCCAAUAAUAUUACAAGCCAGCAUGGAUAGAAAAGCUGAGUUAAGUUUGUAUUCGGUUAUUUAGAUCGUAGAUUUCAUUGUUAAUGCCUCCCCUGACUGACAGAGCUUUAAUUAUUGUCACAACCUGUUUGGUUUCUUAAUACAUUAUGCUCACAUCAACCUGCAGCCAUUAAAAAAUAGUUUCUCCAAUUUUGUAGUUUUCAUUUGCCGCUUUAAUGUGUUGUCCUGUUUCUUAAAGUAUUUGUACCUGUGUUCCCAAUUACUUUGCCAUUUGUGAGUUUACAAAAAUUAUUUCUUAGCCACACUAAAUAAAAGUAGUAAAAUUUAAGGUUGGAUUUAAAAAAAAAUAUUUUUAUUGUUAGAAAAUGCUGUUGCUGCAAUAGAGAGAAAAAAAAAAAAUCAGGCUUUUUUUUUUCAAAUCUUCACUUGGGGUAUCAACAGUUCAUGACUGUGUGUUGCAGAUUUGUGAGUGUUGUGUGGUAAUGCAUCCAAAUGUCCCUUUUUGUUUCGUUUACGGUUUUGGCUGCGUUUACCAGCAAACCAAAGUGUGAUUUUUGUAUCACGUAGAGUAAAAAUGUAUAAGAAGAAUGUACUGGGCUGAUAGCUGUCAAAGAAAGAGAAGCACUUUUAUUUGAAUGAGACUAUUUAUUUUUAAAAGAAUACUGUACAUAGCUAACUGAUUAAUGUGUGGUUCUAUUUUAUACAGUAUGCCUGUUGAUGUUCUGGUAAUAAUACUGUAAAGUGGGUGUAUUGCCUGCCUUGAUUUUUAUUAUUAUUUUUUUUUAUAUUUGUCUUGUCUGCCUGCAAAAUCUUCUGCUUGUGACAUCAUCUCUGUGUGUCUCUUUACAACCACCAGGAUUUACAGACAUGACAGCUGGAAGGAAGGGCAUGAUAUGUUGUAUACCUCUAAUUUAAGUAACGGUAAUCAUCUGAUAAAUGUGGCUUAUUUUGGGUCAAAAAUAGUGAAACGAACACUUUCAAUUAAAUAUUUUUUAGCAA